AUGCGUGCAUCUGCUUCGCUUUUCAUCUUCGCCGCUGCCCUUUCCGGCUUCCACGGCGCCUCUGGUGCCGCUAUCCCUCCCAACGGACAGUCUUUGGCUGAUUCGAGCAUUCACUAUCACAUUGGAACUCCGAUUCAGACCCCUGAAGCUGGAGCUGUGAAGCGAGAUGAGAAUGCCGUGCUACCCACAACCACCCAGGGAUCUAUGGAUGAGGUGAAUGGCGUCGAGACGAAUGGUGGGAUUGAGCGCCGGGGUAGGGGACGGGGUAGGGGCCGGGGACAGGGUCGCAACCACAACAACAAUAACAACCACAUCAACCACAACAACAAGACCACCCCGAAGUCUCAGAACAGCGCUAAGCCUUCCAAGACUCCUCAGCCUAGCCAUCCGGCUACCAACAAGCCCACUCUCACCAACAAGCCCGCCACCAACAAGCCGGCUCACCCCAGUCAACCGGUUCCCAGCCAGUCCGCUCACCCCAGUCAACCCGCUCAUCCCAGUCAGCCCGCUCACCCCAACGAGCCCGCUGGACCCAACAAUCCCGCUGAGACAGAUGAGCCUAGCGGCCCCUCUCACAACAUCGAAUUCAACCCCGAAAUCAACCUUCCUGAUCCCACUCAAGAUCCUCAAGACCCUGCUCAGGACCCCGCUCAGGAUCCCGCGGAGGAGCAGGAGGCUCCCCAAAACCCUGAGAACCCCGAAGGAGAGGCACCUCCCGCUCCCGCUCGCCGCGACCUCUCCAAGCGCAAGAAGCACAGCAGACCCAGCAAGCCCGCCAACAAGCCCGCCAACAAGCCCAGCAACUCUCCCAAGCCCAAUGACAAGCCUAGCAGCAUCCCCAAGCCGACUUCCAAGCCCACCACCACCCAGCAUGCUCAGCCUACUCCCUCCAACCACGCUUCCUCCUCCGCUCACCCUCAGCCCACCCCUUCGAACCACCCCAACGAGCCCAGCAACCAGCCCGACAACGACCCUGACAACGAACCCGGCCAUGAGAUCUCCAUCGACCCCGAGAUCAACCUCCCCGACCCCACCCAGGAGCAAGAGCAAGAACAAAACCCCGACGAGAACAACCAGGACGGCAACAUUGCUCGCCGGGACCCCCGCGGUGGCAGGGGACGCCACCACCACCACCACAUCGAGCUGAACCCUGUCUUCAACGUCGACCCUACCCAAAACAUUGGUGACGACGACAACAGCAACGAUGACGGCCAGAACUAA